GAAAGAGGCAGACUUUGGCGAAGCAGCCGUUGACUAAGCAGCCACUGGCGAAGCAGCCAUUGACGAAGCAGCAUUUUCUAGCAUCUCCCCUCCCGGAAAGGAUGUCCUGAAAGAAGCGUUUACCCAAGUAGCCAAGAGAAAAACAAAAGGUUUAAAAAAAAAAAACGAAAAAAAUGGAUAACAUUAGCAAGUAUCUGAAGGAGGAGGACUACUACAUUAAGCUGAAAAUUUUAAAGAAGCAAAUUGAUAUCCUGAAUAUACAGGAGGAGUACAUCAAGGAGGAGCACAAGAACCUGAAGAGGGAGCUGAUCAGGUCGAAGAACGAAAUCAAGCGCAUACAAAGUGUGCCGCUCAUAAUAGGCCAAUUUCUGGACAUAAUUGAUAAUAACUACGGGAUCGUGAGUAGCACAGCCGGGUCGAACUACUACGUUCGAAUUCUUUCCACUUUGAAUAAGGAAGACUUAAAGCCAUCAGUUAGUGUGGCGUUACACCGACACAGCCAUUCCAUUGUGAACAUACUUCCAUCCGAGUCGGAUAGCAGCAUACAGUUACUACAAGUGAGUGAGAGACCAAAUGUGAAGUACACAGACUUAGGAGGACUAGACACACAGAAGCAGGAAAUGAGAGAAGCUGUAGAAUUGCCUCUAAAGAGUCCAGAGUUGUAUGAAAAGAUCGGAAUAGAACCCCCCAUGGGGAUCUUAAUAUAUGGACCACCAGGUACAGGGAAGACAAUGCUUGUUAAGGCAGUAGCUAAUGAGACACAAGUUACAUUUAUCGGUGUUGUGGGUUCUGAAUUUGUGCAGAAGUAUUUAGGAGAAGGUCCAAGAAUGGUUAGAGAUGUAUUCAGACUAGCCAGAGAAAAUUCACCUUCUAUCAUAUUUAUUGAUGAAGUAGAUGCAAUAGCUACAAAAAGAUUUGAUGCACAAACAGGAGCAGAUAGAGAGGUUCAAAGAAUUCUUCUUGAAUUAUUGAAUCAAAUGGAUGGGUUCGACAAAUCAACUAAUGUAAAAGUCAUCAUGGCGACGAAUAGGGCAGAUACAUUAGAUCCUGCAUUGUUGAGACCAGGGAGACUUGAUAGAAAAAUUGAGUUUCCUCUCCCAGAUAGGAAACAAAAAAGACUCAUUUUUCAGACCAUUAUUAGCAAAAUGAAUGUUAGCAGUGAUGUCAAUAUUGAGAAUUUUGUCGUGAGGACUGAUAAGAUAAGUGCUGCCGAUAUUGCUGCCAUUGCACAGGAGGCUGGCAUGCAAGCCAUACGGAAGAAUCGCUACAUCAUCACGGCGAAUGACUUCGAACAGGGGUACCGCACGCAUGUCCGCAAGCAGCUGCGCGAUUACGAGUUUUACAAUAUAUAG